AUGGAGUGGUUUGGACGAGCCAAAAUCAACUUCACUCACGCGCCGUCGCCGCGGCCGGUUCGCCAGAAGGACGGCACCGAGACGGACCUCCUCAAGAUCUGCGAAUCGACGACGCCGCCAUGCCAUCUCAACCCGCUGCUCUUCAACGGCCACCUGCAGACCAUGUGGACGGCGACCAAGCCCCACGGCCCGCAGGUCUACUACCGCCGCAAGGUCUUCGAGGCCGAUCACAAGACUUACAAGGGGACCUUUGCCGUAGACUUUGCCGUCGAGCCGUUUGAGGAGACGGAUGAGACGUUGCCGCGGAGGACUGUCUACUUUACCGACGAGCAGUUCAAGAGCAUGCCCUCGGACGACAGCAAGCCUAUGCUCGUGAUUUUGCACGGACUCUCAGGCGGCUCUCACGAGGUCUACCUGCGGCAUGUAAUUGCCCCCUUGAUAGGCGAGGGCGGCUGGGAGGUCUGUGUCGUCAACUCGCGCGGCUGCGCCCGCAGCAAGAUCUCCAGCGGCGUGCUUUACAACGCCCGCGCCACCUGGGAUGUGCGCCAGACGAUCAACUGGCUGCACGAGAAGUUUCCCAAUCGCCCGUUAUUUGGCAUGGGGUUCUCUCUCGGUGCCAAUAUGCUCACCAACUACUGCGGCGAAGAGGGCGCAAAUUGCCUACUGAAGGCUGCCGUCGUCGUUUCGAACCCCUUCAACCUUGAAAUCUCCAGCAAGAUGCUGCAGAAUAACUUCGUCGGCAGGGAAAUCUACCUCCGCGUCAUGGGCACCGCCAUGAAGCAGCUCAUUUCAGGACACAAGACGGAGAUUGAGACCUUUACCGACUUAGAUCUUGCGGCUGUGGAGAAAGUCACCUAUCUUCACGAGUUUGAUCGCGAAGUCCAAUGCCCAACUUGGGGGUAUCCCACCGAGUACGCUUACUAUCGUGACGCCUCCUCGACGGACGCGGUCCUUGGAAUUCGCAUCCCAUUUAUAGCCCUCAAUGCCACCGACGAUCCGAUCGCGGUCAACGAAGCGCUUCCGUACGAAGAAUUCCGUCAGAAUCCCAGUACCAUCCUCAUCACCACUUCCCUCGGCGGCCAUCUCUGCUGGUUCGAGAAUGGUGGCAGCAGGUGGCAUCCUCGUCCUAUUGGCAACUUCCUCAACCACAUGGCUUUCAACGUAGACCUUGACAGCGUCAAACCUCUUCAGGAUGCGCGGACAACAGACAAGGCAUCUCGAGGUGCCGACUACGACCCGAUGCGCCGCAAGUUGGCCAUCGUGCAAGACUAG